GAAAGCUGGCUGCACUGAGCUCCCUUUCCUCUCUCUCCCCAAAUAAUAUAUUUUUCUUUUGGCCGAACGCCUCUGCACAUCCAAGCUUUGGGAGAAGAGCCUGUCUCCUUGCUUAGUUUAAUAUUAGCCACUAUAUUUUAAAUCCCUUUCCACCGGCUUCUGUUGUCUUUUGUGGAACCGAUUCCCUCCUGUCCUUUUCCUCUUGGUGCAUUGACUUUGGCAAGAAAGGCUCCUGAAGUGAGCCAAAGAUCGAGCAGGGACCACUGCCCUCCCCUCAUCUCUCCUCCUCCUCCUGGAUGGUUGAAUGUUGAACAAGAAACCUGAAUGAGUGAGUGAGUGGUGGACAUUGAUGACUGUCUUUAACUUCAGGAUGCUUCAACAAGGACCAAACCGCCCUGGUGAUGUUGCUUCCUAAAUCUGCCCUCUCCAGGGCUGUUGGGAAGAAGUAUUUCUAUUAUGACCGUCCGAUUGAAUAUUCACUACCUAUCUGGGAGCAGAUUUGCAUAAUUUGGAUUUUUUUGAUUCCAGUGAAAGCAACCUAUUUGCAAACCAAACCAAACUAAAAAAAAAAAAAGGCUCUAGAAGUCCCUCCAAUCCAGCUGCUUCGAUCUUCAUGAUUAUUCAGGGUUCAAGCAUAACUGAAAAAUUUGCUUCUCACCUUACCUCCAAGAAGUUUAGGAUGGUGUAAAAUGGGCAAGAUCAUCACAACCACAUUGUAAGGUAUUGUUUUAGCAAUUCCUGACCUUGUGUACUUUCCCCACAACUGCGAGGAGAUCCCACAGCCAGUCAAAGGAUUUGUUGCUGAACAAAGGCUUCCAGGAACAGAAGAUUGAAAUAUAGCUGCCAAUUCCAGAUGAGAAAACUGAGGCAGACCCAUUAAGCAAGCUAUUUUACAUUUCUGUCUGAACCAGGAUUCGCAUAGAUGAGAUCUGGCCAGAUCAUGUGUGCAAACUACUGAGACCCAGAAUAUCUAUGUGUUUCAGGGAAGUGGGACGCCCCUUUGGCAAUCUGUCAGUGCCAAGCUCAGCUGCAUCCUUUCACUGAGUGAUUUCUAACCAGACUGACAGUCCUUAAGACAAGUAUGCAGUUAAGCUGCUAAGGGAUGGAGGAAGCUAGUUUGUGCCUUGGCGUUUCUUCAGCUGUACCAGAAGCUGAUGCUCAUCUCAACAGCUCCAUACUCAAUGGCCAGUAUUCCAUGAGCCAGAAGUUGCACCAGAUAACAUCCCAGCUCAGUCAUGCAUUCCCUGAGCUACAGAACAGGCAGAAUCCCGAGGAGAAGACAGCCACACUCCUAGAAGACAAGAGCCACGUGUCCAUAGCAAACCAGCCCAUCAGCAGUCAGAUGGCCCUGUUAGCCAACCAGCUUAACAGAGAGGUUGACACCACUUUGAAUGGGAGAGUAGAUCUGCAGCAGUUCUUGAAUGGACAGAACUUGGGCAUCAUGUCUCAGAUGAGUGAUAUAGAGGAUGAUGCCAGGAAGAACAGAAAAUACCCCUGUCCCCUGUGUGGGAAACGUUUUCGUUUUAACAGCAUCCUCUCACUUCACAUGCGCACCCAUACAGGAGAGAAACCAUUCAAGUGCCCCUAUUGUGACCACAGAGCAGCUCAGAAGGGAAACUUGAAGAUUCACUUGCGCACUCACAAGCUGGGCAACCUUGGCAAAGGCCGUGGUAGGGUUCGAGAAGAAAACAGGCUGUUGCACGAGCUGGAAGAGAGGGCGAUCUUGAGGGACAAGCAGAUGAAAAGCAGCCUUUUGCAACCAAGACCUGAUGUCAAAUCACACCCACAUUCCCAGCCUAUGCCUCUUACUAACUGCAAUUUGUCUGUGCCCACGAAUCACAGCACCCCGGAUAUUUCCAACCCUGUUCCCUCUCCAAAACCUGCCAGUGUGCAGGAAGAAGUGGUAGCUACAGCUGCUGGAUUUAGGUGCACUUUUUGCAAAGGAAAAUUUAAGAAACGGGAAGAACUCGAUAGGCACAUUAGGAUCCUUCACAAGCCUUACAAGUGUACUUUGUGCGAUUUUGCGGCAUCCCAGGAGGAGGAGCUAAUCAGUCAUGUGGAGAAAGCUCACAUAACAGCAGAGUCAGCCCAAGGCCAGGGCUCUAAUGGAAAUGGAGAGCAGGCUGCCAAUGAGUUUCGGUGUGAAGUGUGUGGCCAGGUCUUUAGCCAAGCAUGGUUCCUCAAAGGCCACAUGAGGAAACACAAGGACUCAUUUGAACACUGCUGCCAGAUUUGCGGGAGACGCUUCAAAGAGCCUUGGUUUCUUAAGAACCAUAUGAAGGUCCACCUCAACAAAUUAUCUGUGAAAAACAAAUCUCCCAAUGACUCAGAGGUCCCUGUGUCCAUCAGCAGCAUGUCACAGGAGGCUCAUGCCAACCUGUAUUCCAGAUACUUGUCUUGUUUGCAAAGUGGUUUUCUUCCUCCUGACAAAGCAAGUCUCAGUGAACAGAAUCAGACUUACAGUAAAGGAGAUUUGCCCAUGAAAGAGAGAGAAGUUUUGGGCAAGCUUCUGUCCCCUAUUGCUGGAAUUGGCCAUAGCCUUGCUGAAGGGGACAAACAUUCAUUACUGGGCUGUCUUAACCUUGUGCCUCCUCUCAAAUCCAGCUGUAUAGAAAGGCUACAAGCUGCAGCCAAGGCUGCUGAGAUGGACCCUGUAAACAGUUAUCAAGCUUGGCAGCUAAUGGCAAGAGGAAUGGCCAUGGAACAUGGUUUUUUGACUAAAGAGCACCAGAUACAGCGGAGCCAUGAAGACACUUUGGCAAAUGCUGGAGUUCUGUUUGAUAAGGAGAAACGGGAGUAUGUGUUAGUAGGAGCAGAUGGCUCCAAGCAGAAAAUGCCUGCUGAUUUGGUUCACAGCACUAAAAUGGGCAAUCAGAGAGACUUGUCAAACAAACUAGACCCUUUGGAAGGCAGUAGAGAUUUUCUGUCUCACGGUAUGAACCAAGGGCUCGAUUUUAACAUGCAGAGUCACAGCAAUGUGAAAGAGAAGCCAACUGAAUGCCCUGACUGUGGCAGGGUUUUUAGAACAUACCACCAAGUUGUUGUUCAUUCUAGAGUCCACAAAAGAGACAGGAAAGCAGAAGAUGAGAUCAUUCAGGCGAGCAUUGAAGAGCGGCGUGGGUCUGGGAGCGAUCAGGAAUCUCAGUCAGUCAGUAGGUCAACAACACCAGGAUCCUCCAAUAUUACUGAGGAGAGCGGAAUGGGUGGAGGUCUCUCACAGACAGGAAGUGCCCAAGAAGACAGUCCACAUCCUUCUUCGCCUUCCUCUUCAGACAUCGGAGAUGAAGCGGGGAGAUCUGCCGGAGUCCAGCAGCCAGCUUUACUGAGAGACAGGAGCCUCGGGUCGGCUAUGAAAGACUGCCCCUACUGUGGGAAAACUUUCAGGACAUCACACCACUUAAAGGUUCACUUGAGGAUACACACAGGUGAAAAACCUUACAAGUGUCCCCACUGUGAUUACGCUGGUACUCAAUCUGCAUCACUGAAAUAUCAUUUGGAACGACACCACCGGGAACGGCAGAAUGGAGCUGGUCCACUCUCUGGGCAGUCUCAAAAUCAAGACCACAAAGAAGAAACAUUGAACAAAGGAUCAAUGUUCAUUAGACCCGAGGUACUGAGAGGGGCUUUCAAAGGUCUUCCUGGUAUAGAUUUCCGGAGUGGCAUGGGAUCGCAACAGUGGUCACCAGGAAUGCUUCCCUCCGGAGAGCAUCCAGGCCAUUCAGUUGGCAUGUCUUCAGAGGUUUCUUCUGACAACAUAAAAGGUUCUGACAUAUCUUCCAAAGGGACACGCUUUUCUGAACUGGGCCGAGCUUAUCAUAGCAUGGUUGGAAAUGGAGUGAAUUUUCAAGGGUCACUGCAAGCUUUUAUGGACAAUUUUGUCCUCAGUUCCUUGAAGAAAGAAAAAGAAAUGAAGGAUAAAGUUCUGUCUGAUUGCCUUCCCACAAAAACUUUAGGUUCAGAUAGUGGUGAGGAAAAAGUCUCCGGGAAAACAAGAAAAACAGAAAAAUCACAAUAUGAACCUCUUGACCUUUCUGUGAGGCCAGAUGCAACUAGUCUUCCAGGUUCAUCAGUUACAGUCCAAGACAAUAUUGCUUGGCACGGCUGCUUGUUUUGUUCCUUCACAACAUCGUCAAUGGAGUUGAUGGCUCUCCAUCUCCAAGCCAAUCAUUUAGGCAAAGCCAAACGUAAAGAUGGUGUUUUAGGUCCAAUUCGAAAUGGUAAAGACCAACCUAGAGAAGCUGUUGCUUCGGUAAAUAAAGCCAACUUGCUUCCAACUUCUAUACAAUCCAACAAAGAUCCAUUGAUUUCCAGUCUAAUUGGUCAAAUGGACUCAGCUUCUGAAAGAAUAAACCAAGGAUCCAAGGAGUCACUAGGAGAACAAAAGAAUACCACUUGGCCUGGUCACAUGGAUUCUACUUUUUAUAAUUUUGCAGCAGACUUCUAUAAGCAAUUUGGUGUCUACUCUGGAGUUGUAGGAGCACAUAAUUCUUGCACCACCGGUGAAACUGAGAUAAAAACACCAUCUGAAGAUGAUUCUACCAUGUUACUUUCUGACUCUGUAAAUAAAAGUGCUACUGAUGACCUGUCAGAUAUAGCUUCAUCUGAAGAUAUGGAGUCCUCCAAGGAAGAGACCAUUGAUGAUGAGGACAUUGAAACAGAAUCUGAUCUUCUGAACAAACCAUUGUCCAGUCUGAACAAAGACGACGCUGACAGAGGGGACAGCAUACAAGGUUCUGUUGCCUCAAAAACAUCGCAAGGACUAAUAUCCCCAUUGCUGCCAACUGAAAAGCAGUGGCACAGUCAGAAUCUGCUUCCCGCUCAUGAAGCUGCACAAAGUGCAAUGAAACCUGAACAAGCUCAAAGUGCACAGGUCCUGGAGAAGCAAGUAAACAUGUUGUCGGUCCUAAGAGCCUACAGCUCUGAUGGCUUAGCAGCCUUUAAUGGACUUGCAAGUAGCACAGGAAGUAGUGGAUGUAUCAAGAGACCUGACUUGUGUGGUCACCGGCCUUUCCAAUGCAGAUACUGCCCCUACAGUGCCUCUCAGAAGGGAAAUUUGAAGACCCACGUUCUUUGUGUCCAUCGCAUGCCUUUUGACAACAGUCAGUAUCCAGAUCGCAGGUUCAAGCGCUCCAGAGUUGACUCCGAGGCUUCUGGGAAUUUAGAGGAACCUGCAGCUGUCAAACCUGGGAGCUCGACAGAGUUAACAGAGGAGGGCAGCAAGGCCCAAGAGUAAUGCAGUAGAACAAAUCAAUCUGUAUAUUGCAAUAUUAUUUCAUACAGUUUUUAGAUAUGCAUUUGGGUAACAGUGAGUUUGCUUAACUGCCUUCCGAGGCAGAAUUUGUGUGCAAAUUCCCAGAAGCAUACAGGAUAUUUAAGACCUUAAAGAGAUAUAGAGAAAUAGAUAUUAAAAAAGGAAAAAAAGAAAAAAGAAACCUAGCCCUUGAAAAUGGCUGUUAAACUGUUACCUGGCAACAAGUACUUCCAAACAAUGUAGGUGGGGAUAAAUCAAGUGGGUGUCCCCCCCGAAAGAAAACGUGAGGAGCUUGUAAGAUUUCUUUUGGAAAAAAAAAUAUUAUUGUAAUAAAGAGGACACUAUAGGAGAAAGUGGCCUUCUUCCAGAAAUAACGCUCUUACCAGAAAAAGGAAGAAGGAAAGAAUUGAUACCAUCUUACCAAUUUAAUAUUGCCUUGAAGAUGGUGGGAAAGGAAGGGAGGGGGGGCUGUGUUUUCAUUGCUGAAAACACCUUUUUAAUAUGAUACCAACCGCUGUCAUUUGCCUAGCAUAGUAAUGAGAUGUGUUGGUAGACUGAGAUGGUGCCAGUCAGACUGGAGCUGUCAUUGCAGAGAAAAUCAAUUCAACUGCACUAUAGGAGAAAUUUUAGACGGCCCAUAAGCUACGGUCAGUGCUGACCUAUAUUGAAAAGGAUUGUGUUAUUGCAUUUUAAUUUUUAAAAGAUAUAUAGAGAUAUAUAGAGAUAUAUAGACACACAUACACACACACAUACAGAGAGAAAGAGAAAGAGAGACAGCCAAAUGAACUAAGGGUUGGAAGAAAAGAAAUUCUGCACUCCGUUGAGAGAAUGCAGAUUUAUGGUAUGAAGUCUUUUUAGGGGGGAGUUGUUUUCCUUUAUUAGUACAAUUUGCUGUAUUGAGGGAAAAGUUUUUCUUCCUGUUCUGUUCCUUUUUAAUACAGUAGGUAUAGAGAGAUUUAGAAAUAUGUAUUACAGAGCAUACUGGAUAGGGUCACUGGUUAGCCUUAUCUAAAAGUGGUAUCGGGGCAAAAAUUAUAUAAUUCAAUAGAAAGUUUGCUUCCGUUCUGUUUUGUUUUGCUUUUCAAAAAACA